AUGAAGGCGAAUCACGUCUUCUUCUCAUGGCGGUUUCUAUCUUCUUCCCCAAUUCGCCAUGAAUUAGGUAAAUCCCUUUGCUGCUCUCAAUCGUCGCUACUUUAUCGUUGUUUAUGUACAAAAGGAGCUGUAGUUAGUUUCAAUUUCCGCGAAGAAACGAAGAACAUUAGUGGGUUGGAUGAUGCUCUUAGCCUGUAUGAGAACUUGUCGAGAACGAGGCCUCUACCGAGUAUUGUUCAGUUUACUCGAUUGCUCUCGCAUGUCGUCCAUCUGAAAGAGUACUCUGCUGCUAUUAACCUUUUCAAAGACAUAUGCAGUUUAGGGGUUUCAGUCAAUGAACAUACUAUGAAUAUUGCUAUCAACAGCUUUUGCCUUUUGGGCCGGGUUGAUUACGGGUUCUCCAUUCUGGGUUGGUUCUCCAAGCGGGGCUGUACUGCGGAUAAAUAUACCUUCAACACUUUACUGACAGGCCUGUUUCGAGAGAAGAGGACUAAUGACGCACAAGAGUUGUUAAGGAAGAUGGUUGAAGAAAGGCUUUGUGAGCUAGGCAUUGAAGGAAUGGUGGAUGAAGCAGAAGGUGUAGUUGAAAUUAUGAAGCAGCAGCAUGUAAUUCCAAAUGUCGCCUGUUACAAUGCAUUAAUGAACGGAUUUUGUCUUCAAGGGCGUAUGGAUAAAGCAAGGAAUGUUUUCGAUUCUUUGUGUAGUAGCAAGAAUUGUGCUCCUGAUGUUAUUACCUAUGACACAUUAAUCAAUGGCUAUUGUAGAAAGAUGAAGAUGGACGAUGCUAUGGUUAUCUUCCGCGAGAUGCCUCAUAAAGGGAUCAAGCCUGAUGUAGUCAAUUAUACCACUAUACUGAGGGGUUUCUUUCGAGCGGGCAAGUGGCGCUUAGCUCUUGAUAUUUUUUAUGAGAUGCAAGCUGUUGGGCUAAAACCUAACUUCUAUACGUACUGUAAUUUGUUGGAUGGAUUAUGUAGGAAUGGGCAAGUCGAGCGGGCUUUAUCGUUGUUGGUAGUAUUAGAGCGCAAGGGACAACAUCUUCAUAAUGAAUACUAUACCAUCGUCAUGAAUGGUUUGAUCAGAUCCAAUGAGCUUAAUGCGGCUCAAGCUAUUUUUGGAAUUAUAGUUUUGAAGGGAUUGGAGCAUGAUGUGCUGACCUACAAUGUUUUGAUUAAAGGAUGUUGUCAAAAGGGGCUAUUAGAGGAAGCUAAGGAUCUUCUUUUCAAAAUGGUACGAGCAGGUUUGUCUCCGAAUGAGGUUACUUAUAACACUAUUGUCCAAGGAAACCUAGCAGGUGGCCUAUAUGAUGAUGUAGAAAUGUUUAUGGAGGAGAUGGUAGCCAAAGGUUUCUCACCAAAUUCAGCAACAUUUCAGUUGCUGCUUAGUUUAUUCGACUCGAAGGAAAAAAAUCGCAAAAUAUUUAAAAAUUUUCAGAAGCUGGCGCCUAACAGUUUCAAACAAAAAGUAGAUUCUUUGGGCACUGGCUCUUUGCAAAAGGUUCAGGCGUACACCUUCUUGAAUGAGAGUCAGUUUUUGCACUUCGACUACAGCCUACGCAGGUUCACCCGUGCACCUUCCGGAAUGAAAAUCAGAUUGAAACACAAGCCUGCAUACUCGUGGAGUAGGCUGCCGGAAUUCCUGAGGGAUGGAUCCUCGGCCCUCAGCCGAUGUUGAAGAUAAAUUUUGCAGCAGAUUUGUGAUUCUCGAUGAAUUCGGCACAGGCCAGGCCAAAUAGAAACACAUAACUGUUUGAGAAAUUUUUUUGAGCGCCUUUGAAGCUUAUGGACUCGGCUCAGAGGCGGGAGAUUCUCUUGACCAAGAGGGACUAUGAGAUGCACGAGAGCUUUCAUAUGAGCCAAUGAAAUGGAUUUUAAUUAUAAAAUGAAUUUUAAUGUCAAGCCUAUAAAUA